AACAUGGAUGAAGUGAAAUAUAGAGGUGUUAGAAAGAGGCCAUGGGGGAAAUAUGCAGCUGAAAUUCGAGAUACUAAUCGUCAAGGAGGGGUUCGUGUUUGGCUAGGGACAUUUGGUACUGCUGAAGAAGCUGCUCGAGCUUAUGAUAGGGCGGCAUAUAACAUGAGGGGAAAUUUGGCAAUUCUUAAUUUUCCUGAGGAGUAUAAUUUGCCAAGGACCUCUUCUCAUUUUCACAACAAUUCUUCGUCCAUGGCUUCUUCAUCUUCGAGUAAUGUACAUGCAAGAAAUGAUCAACAAGGAACAGGGCAAGUUAUUGAACUUGAAUAUCUUGACGAUAAGGUUCUUGAAGAACUUCUUGAUUGCGAGCAACAUGCAAAUAAGAGGAAAUGAAUAUCGUUAACAUCCUUUAUAUAAUUAUAAAGCUAAGUAUAUCGCGUAAUAUCUACUAAUAAAACUUAUCAUGGGGUUUUUGUUUCAAUAAAUACCACCUUUUUGCAUGAAGAGACUGAC